AUGCCCCAGGCCAGGGGCCCCCAGGCAGCAGCGCAGGGGCGUGCGCCCCCGUCUCGCCAGGGCGACCAGCAGCAGAGGGGGCCUCGGAUUGGCGGCCGCGGCGCACAGGAUGGCGGCUCCCAGCUCCUGCGGGACGACCUCCUGAAGGCCAACUGGGUGAUCAGCGGUCCCGACCCCGAGAAUCCGGAGAAGACGGUGCAGCAUGAUGCACUGAGUGUGCUGGACCCCUCGCACUUCACCCAGGCGCUGAACCUGGACGCACUCCCCUUGCUCAAGCAUCUGGUGCCCGAAAGGGACUGGCGCCGCUUUGCGUCUGGCGACCUGUCCCCGGAGGAGCAGGAGAACCUGGUCGACCGCCUCAGCCUCGUGCUCUUCCGCUCAUCGCAGGGGGAGGCACGGCAGCUCAGCCGGCGGGCUGACAUGACAUCCAACCCCGACUUUCGCAUCGGGGAGUCGCUGGGCACCAUGCCAAGCACGGACCCCACACAGCCGCCGCCCAGCGCUCUGGAUGUGCUGACCGAGCAGCGGGACUACUUCCUGCAGGAGCUGGGAGUGGAGGAGUACGAGUCGAUCAAGGCCGAUGUGGCCGCGGACUUCGAGGCCACGGUGCGCCCUCUCCUGGACGCUCGCAGCGAUUCCGGCGAGGCCCAGGCCCAGGCCCUGGAAAGCGUGGCGCAGGCCAGCGUGCCCGAGGACCAUGUGCACGCCGCCGCCAUCAAGGACAAGCUGGGGGUGCUGGAGAGGAACGCGUUCUGGCCCCAGGCGUCCAAACUGACCUUUGCCCAGAGGCUGGUGAAGGCCCUGAGCUGA